AUGUUACGAACUCACUGGCACAACUACCUCGCCCUCGGACUGGACUCGCCAGACAACUUCACCGCCAAGUUUGUCAGAUACAUGUCGUCCGUGAGCAUCGGCGAUGAAGAUCUGGUCGCGUACAACGAGGUUGCUCGUGCCGACAACAAAAAAACGUUCGGGUGCGCCGACGACCUGGCGGAGCACGUCUUUCUCUCCAAUUGUUGGGUCGACACCGUCACGUUCGGCGCGUUCCUCAAGUCGCUCGACUGCUCCGUCGCAGUGGUUGUGCUCGACCACGAGCUCAAGCAACCGCUGAACAUGCUCGACGCUCUCACGAAAGACAAACACUUUUACAUCUGUCUCUGGCUGCAGGACUCUCACUAUCAGCCGAUGCAGCUCGUCCACAAAGGCAGAGAGUUUGGCGCGUGCGUGACGAGAGAGACCAUUCGGCAAUUCAUGGAAGACUGCUACCCUUCCGACAGACACAGGUUUUGA